AUGGGUAGCGGCUGCGUGCUGAUUGGUACCUUCGUCAUCUUUUUUCGAUCUUCGACAGUCAUCAUCGUGCUGCUACGACCUCAGUUGCCAGAAAGCUUGAAGCAGGUUCUGAUCGCCGACUUUUCGCGCUCUGUCUCAGUUCUCCAACAGCUUGCACAGCCCUUGAGUACUGUUUCGCUGGGUGGCGAUGAGCGCCUUGAUUCGUCUUGCUGUCCCCCGGCCGUCGCUGUUGUGCUCGACGGCCGUAAUUGCCCUCCGAGGAGCGGCAGCGGCUUGCUGGCUGACACGAAACGCAAUCCAAUUCACGAUCCAUCGUUGACUUAG